CUGCUUAUAGUCUCAACGCCCAGGUGAGUCUGGCACAGACCUGGACCUCCUGAGCAGAGGAGAACCUGGUCCUGGAUGGAUUCCUCCAUCUCUGAAGCUCCAGGUGGAGCAGACCCUGGAGGCGGCCAGCCUGAGGCGGUAGAACCUGCAGAUCUGGGCGAGAAGGAGAAACACCCGGGUCAAACAGGACACCCUAAAGGAACCUGCGAUGACUUGGAGAUCUGUUCGCUUGAUAGCUUUCCAGACAGCGAGGAUGAGGGGAUCGGUAAGAAAGAAAAGAAGACGAAGAAGCUGAAGAAGAAAAAGAAGAAGAAGAAAGACUCCAGCUCAUCAUCAUCUUCCUCCUCCUCCUGCUGUUCUUCCUCUUCUUCCUCCAGCUGCUCCUCUGACAGUGACAGUGAGGAUGAGGAGAAGAAAAAGAAGUUGAAGGUAAAGAAAGUAAAGUAUGGGAGAAUAUACGUCUGGGACCCUAACAUCAUACCUUAUGAAGUUUCCAACAGCUAUGUGGUGCCGCAGAUCGCAGGCGGUCUGAAGGUGGAGGCGGAUUUGAGCUCAUCGGAUGAGGAGGAUGAGAACAUGGAGAAGAAGAAGAAAAAGGACAAGAAGAAGAAGAAGAAAAAGAAGAAGGCAUCCUCUUCCUCCUCGUCUGACAGUUCGUCCUCUGAUAGUGAAGAUGAGAAGAAGAAAAAGAAAAAGAUGAAAAAGAAGAAGUUAAAGAAGAUUCGAAAAAAGGACUCCAGCUCCUCCUUGUCUUCUUCCUCGGAUAGUGAGAAAGAAAAGAAAAAGAAAAAGAAGAAAAAGAAGAAGAAGAAGAUCUCUAGUUCUUCUGAUACCUCCUCUUCAUCAUUCUCAUCAUCUUCUGACAGUGAGGAUGACAAGAAAAAGAAGAAGAAGAAAAAGGACAAGAAAAAGAAGAAAAAGAAAGCCAAGAAAAAGCAGGACUCCAGAUCUUCAUCCUCAUCUUCUGACAGUGAGAAAGAUAGGAAGAAGAAAAAGAAGAAGGACAAGAAAAAGGAUGAAGAGCAAAAAAAACCAACUGAGAUUUCAGCUGCAGAUGGGGAGGUUGGAGAACCAAGUGCUGAUGGAGAUGAGAAGUUCAGAGAGAUUCAGGAAAUGGAAUACAAGGACGUCUCCUCCACAGUGGCAGCAGGUGGAGCGGAGGCUUUUUCUCAUGGUGUGGAGGACGGUCACCUGAGUGAUGAUGAGGGAGGAAGAGACAAGGAGAAGGAGAAGAAGAAAAAGCUGAAGAGGAAGAAGAAGGAGGAGGGGGGAGAGGAUUCCUCCAGCUCCUCCUCCUCUUCAUCCGACAGUGAAGAUGAGGAAAAGAAGGAGAAGAAAAAAAAAAAGAAGAAGCAGCAGAAGAAAAAGAAGAAGAGAGAGAAGGUUUGGAAUUGACCUUGUUUAUAUCAG